AUGCAGAUCUUUGUAAAUGUUUUUUUGGGAUUUUUUAUCUUUGAGUCCAUUGGAGCUGCCCCUAUCAGUGAUACCAUAAUUUAUGAUUCUGAGUUCUAUGACAUACCACUUGGAGAGCUGCCUCACCCAUUUACCUAUGAUGAAAACAAGCAAUCUGACCAAGUAGAGACAGGUAUUGGGACAAAACUACAUUCUGUAAUUCAAGAGAGUUAUUCUUCUGCACCACUGACAGAAGAAACGGAGGAUGAAGCAUCAACGCCAAAAUUAAUUGACGGGUCUUCAGCACAGGGGUCAGGGGUUCUUGGACCCCAGACUCAAGAUGGUCUUCCCACUUGCCUUUUGUGUACAUGCCUAGGGACCACAGUCUACUGUGAUGAUCGUGAGCUUCAUGCUGUUCCACCAUUGCCUAAGAAAACCACGUAUUUCUAUUCACGCUAUAACAGAAUCAAGAAGAUCAGCAGAAAUGACUUUGCUAACUUAAACCAUUUAAAGAGGAUUGAUUUGACUGCAAACUUCAUAUCAGAUAUCCACAAGGAUGCCUUCCGAAGAUUGCCCCAACUUCAGGAGUUGGUGCUCCGUGACAAUAGGAUAAGACAACUCCCUGAGUUACCAUCCACCUUAACAUUCAUUGAUGUUAGUAAGAACAGGCUUGGCCGCAGAGGGAUACCAAAUGAGGCAUUUAAAAAUCUGGAUGAAUUGCAGCAUCUUUAUAUCACUGACAAUAACUUGGAUCACAUUCCAUUGCCACUCCCUGAAAGCCUCCAAGCUCUUCAUCUUCAGAACAACAACAUUCAAGAGAUUCAUGAAGAUACUUUCUGCAAAAUGAGAGAUUUUACUUAUGUGCGUAGGGCUCUUGAAGACAUCAGACUGGAUGGUAAUCCCAUAAACCUGAGCAAAACACCUUAUGCUUACAUGUGUCUACCCCGUUUGCCAGUUGGUAACCUCAUCUAAGCUACAUUAACCUAGAUGAAUUUUUACAAACAUCAUUUAUUUGGGAAAUAUUUCUGUUAAUAUUGGAAUUUAUUACUGAGAUACUGAGAAGAUUAUGAAAUGCUGAAAGACAAAUCACUUA